CACACCGCAGCCUCACCUCAAGCCCACCUUUCUCGCCCUUCCCGGCGCGGGCAGCUCGCUGCACUCUGCGCCGUCUUCGCAGCCUCGUGUCGCUGCGCUCGCCGCACUUGCCAGCGCCGCUCCCUGGUGCGGCGCCUGCCGCCUGCGUGCGUCCGCCAUGUCCGACUCGUCCAUCUCCGUCGCCGUGCGCAUCCGCCCCUUCAGCGCCAAGGAGGCCGCGCUGCUGGCGCCCACCGACAUCCCCGCGCCCUUCCUCGGCGACGGCAGCCUCUCGGCGUCGCCGGCCAAGCCGGCGCUGGGCCCGCGCAGCAAGUUCCUGCGCCCCAUCAUCACGCCCGUCGACGACAAGGUGCUCAUCUUCGACCCGCCCGACGGCAACCCCAUCUCGCGCCUCUACAGCACCGGCUUCGGCAUCGGCCAGAAGAAGGCCAAGGACGUGCGCUAUGCCUUCGACCGCGUGCUCGACGACAGCAUGGGCCAGGAGGCCGUCUUUGACGCCACGACGCGCCCGCUGCUCGACGGCAUCCUCAACGGCUACAACGCGACGGUGUUCGCCUAUGGUGCGACGGGCUGCGGCAAGACGCACACCAUCUCCGGCAGCGAGAGCGACCCGGGCGUCAUCUACCUCACCAUGCGCGAGCUCUACUCGCGCAUCAACGACGCGCGCGACGAGAGCGAGGUGGCGAUCCGCCUCUCGUACCUCGAGAUCUACAACGAGACGAUCCGCGACCUGCUCUCCGCCGAGCCCACGCCCGCGGCCGGCGGCGGGCUGAUGCUGCGCGAGGACAGCAGCAACAAGAUCAGCGUCGUCGGCAUCACCGAGUACGUGCCGUCGAGCCCCGAGGCAGUGCUCGAGGCCAUCACCGAGGGCAACAAGCGCCGCACGAUGAGCCCCACCGAGGCCAACGCCGUCUCGUCGCGCUCGCACGCCGUGCUGCAGAUCAACGUCACGCAGCGGCCACGCGCCUCGGGCACGAGCGCCGAGACGACGAGCGCGAGCCUGAGCAUCAUCGACCUCGCCGGCUCGGAGCGCGCCUCGGCGACGGCCAACAGCGGCGCGCGCAUGAAGGAGGGCGCCAACAUCAACAAGAGCCUGCUCGCGCUCGGCAACUGCAUCAACGCCCUCUGCUCGACGGCCGGCAGCCGGCGUGCCCACGUGCCGUACCGCAACAGCAAGCUGACGCGCCUGCUCAAGUUCUCGCUCGGCGGCAACUGCAAGACGGUGAUGAUCGUCUGCGUGUCGCCCUCGAGCGCGCACUACGACGAGACGCACAACACGCUCAAGUACGCCAACCAGGCCAAGAACAUCCGCACAAAGGUCAGCCGCAACAUGCUCAACGUCGACCGCCACGUGGCGCAGUACGUGCAGGCGAUCCACGAGCUCAAGGAGGAGGUGCAGGAGCUCAAGACGAAGCUCGCCGAGCGCGGCGCCAUCGAGUCGGCGGGCGAGAAGCGCAAGCGCGAGGAGAUUGGCCGCGAGGUCGUCGAGGCCAAGCGCCGCAUGCUCGAGAGCACCGAAAACGUCAAGCGGCUGGUCGCCGAGCGCGCGGCGUCGGCGGUGCAGCUCGAGGCGGCGGCUGUGCGGCUCGAGCCGCUGCGCGCCGCGGCGGCUGCGCUGGACGACGAGAUCGCCAAGGCUGGCCCAGACGAGGCGGCAGAUGCGGUCGCGGAGCGGCAGCUGAUCGCUGCGCUCAUCGCGCGAUCAGAGGCGCGGGCGCAAGAGGAGGCAGCGGUGGCGCAGGCGCGUUCUCUCGCCAACAGUCUGCAGAUGCAGAGUGCACUCGUCCUCGCUGCGUCCAACAACCACCGCUUCGACGCAGAGGCCUCGGCCCGCGUGCGCGAGAGCGGCGAUGCGCUGCUGCGCGAGGUCGAGGCGGCAAGAGCGACCAAGAUGUAUGAGGCACUCAAGGCUGACCUGGUGGCAUCGGCGUCUGACGUCGUGCUCGCCACCGGUGCGGCCGCACGGGCGACGGCGGCGCUCAAGGAGGCAGCAGGCGAGCUCGAGUUCCGCGCGACGACUGGCAGCACUGAUGCCGACGAGAGCACGCCCGAGGCGCUCGGCCGGCUCGCCAAGCUGCUGCGCAGCGCCGGCGCCUCUAACGAUGCCAUCAUCCAGCGGUUGACGGGUAUCGUGACGCCGGACGUCCCGGCGCCACGCUCUGCUGCCGCUCCUCGCCGCGGCACCGCCGUGCUGCGCCGCUCCGCGCGCCAGAGCGUGCACUCGAUGCCUCCGCUCGCCUCCUCCUCUGCCGCCGCUUCUCCGCCGCGGGCCAUGCUGCGCGCCAACCGGCGCAUCUCGCACGCACCACGGGCAGUCGCACCUCCGUCGCCGUCCAAGGUCCGGCCGGGCGCCGUGUCGUCUGCCGCCGCGCCCACGGCCGCCAGCCUGGCGCGCUCGCACCUCGUCGCCUCGCCACGCAAGGCACGUGCCCGCACGAGUCUCUCGGGGCGGCGUAUGAGCACGCUGGCGACCAUGCGGCCACCGCCACGGGCCUCGAUUGCCCCAGCCGCCGUCGACAAGGGCAAGAAGGCCUUCCGCUGGGCCGACGAGGCGGGCGAGGGCUGCAUCGACGAUGCGCAUGCGACUGGCGCAGGCGACACGGGUGCCGAGGCCGACGUCGAGAGCGAAGCGAGCCCAGACGAGGCAGGCCGCGCUCGCAAGGCUGCUGUCGACGCACGCAUGGCAUCCAGCAGCGACGGAGCCGACGAAGGGGCGAGCUCGGGCACCGAGUGGGAGGACGAGCGGAGCGCAGCCAAGCGCCAGGCGACCACGGCGCGGCCAGCGCCCAAGCCGCGAUCAGUCAGCGCAGGCAGCGGCUCUGGUGGCGGCGGCCUCUUCGACCGCAACUUCCUCGCCAAGCGGGCCGCCGCCAACUCGGCGCUGGGUGCCCUCAGCGAGGCGCAGGACGACUUUGACCUCAAGCUCGUCGCCGCCGUGGCGCCGCGCGCCCGCACGCUCUCCACGACGACGGCGGCGCCGCCGGUCCGCGUGCCUGCCGCCAGAGCGCCCUUUACUGAGCUGGCUCAGACGUCCGAGAGCGGGCCACUCGCUGCUAGUAGCUCGGCGAGCACCCGCUCCAGCCCGUACAAGCGCCGCGACAGCCGCGAGACGGCCGGCGGGCCGGUGCGCCGGCAGCGCCGCAGCUCGCUGCCGCGCCUCGCCGACUCGGGCAAGCCGCCGAGUCCCAGCCUCGCGAGCCAUGCGCAGUUCGCCUCUGGCCCGCCCGGCCACACUGCCGCUCGUCUGGCCACUGGACAACAGGCUGCUCUGCGCAGCAGCACCAGCAGCGCCGCCAAUACGUCUCGCGACGCGCUCGACGGCAGCAGCAGCGCCUCGGCCGGCGUGCCUGCUCGCGUGCGCGGCGGCUCCGGCAUGGGCAGCUCCUCGUCCAAGGGCCUCUUUGGCAACUCGCUGCGCAGCGCCAGCGGCUCUGCGGCACCGGGAGCGUCGCGCGCACAUGCGGCGCCGCCCAUCGCCUGGAAGGCUGGCGGGCGCUGAGCGCCUCUCCUAGGCUGGCCAUAUAUCCCCCUCUCUCUCUCGUCGCUGUGUCUCUCUGUUGCCGUAGACCACCCUCAUCAUCUGUAUCUCCUUUCCGCUCAUAUCUGCCAGAGACACGCGCCCACUCUAGCAUCCCUUCUCGUUCCACCUCAUCACCCUGCCACACACUUAUGCGCACGCGCCCCCGCGCCUUGACGGCUGCCUGCCUGCGUGCCAUCUUUAAUGGAUCCUCGUGACCAGUC